AUGGGUAAAGAUGUCUUUUUCGCAGAAGGUGUUGCACUCAUAGAAAAAGCUUCUGAUUUUACUUUUGGUCUGGCUAAUUUUAAAGGAGAAGCUAUAAAUAAACUUGGAGACAGUGAUGGGCAUAAACAACCCUUCACCAUUCAAGGAUAUUUUGAAACUUACAAGUUGACAAGAGUUCAGCUAUAUCUUACAUGCCAGCUCUGUGAAGAUUCUGAUGAUGAAGUGCUGAUGACCAAUGUGUUUGGACCUUCAACGAGCAACAGUCAGUCAUUCAGAACUCCUCAAAACAAAGGCAAGGCCUGGCGUAAUCAAUUGCAUGCCCAACUUGAGAAUGAAAGAAAAUUGUGGCGGAACCUCAGAAAGGAACAGGAUGAAGAGUUCCAAAAAUGCCUUGAACUGGAUAGAAAAAAGCAAGCAGCUUUGGAGGGAGAAAUUGAAGAACUCUCCAAAUUGGAGGAAUUGCGGUCCAUAAAGGCUGCAAGAGUUCCUGCUGAACCGGGAACUGGCUCUCCCCGUGUGUUAAUGGUGGCACAACAUCCUUUCCAGGGAAGAGUAACGCGAUUCUUUUCAGCAGCGGAAAAGAUGAUGGCUGUCUACGAUUGGUUAGGUUCCUUAGAUCUACACCCAGAACAUUUCAGUUUACAAAGUCCACCCUGCAACUACUAUAUCACCUUAGGAGGGUGUGGUCAUGUACAUGAGGACCUUGGAUGAACCACUCCUAAUGGGCACAAGCUCCCCAGAGAUCAGUUUCAUAGGCUUUGGUACUUGUACUAGUCAUGAUGAAAUUGCCACUGAUGAUGAAGAUUGUGAAAGUCUUUCACUGUUGGCCAUUGAUCCAGUUACUGAAACUUUGCCCCAGCAACUUAUGGAACUGGAUGAAGAAAGGUAUCUGUAUUACACCUUAUAUUAUUACAGCCAGUGAAGUGAUUACUAAAGAAAUUUGAAAGAUUUCAGUAAUAAGAGACCUCAAGUUUUGGAUCCUUGUUAAAGGUGUGUUAUUUUCUAAUUGUAGAUCUGCACUACAGCAGCAACCUGCAAAUCAGCCACAAGGUAAGUAUAAGUUAUUAGUCAUACAAAUAUCCAAAUUGGGCCUGUAGAUGGGUUCCAUGAUCAAAAUAGCCUGAAUAUAUUGACACUAUAUAUGCAAACAUUUACGAGUGAGUUCUGCCUAACAAUCGACACCCCAAUUUUCCCUAUUCCUUCCCAAAUGAACUUGCACCCCAUUUCAAUAUCAUUUCAAAAGUUAGUGUAAAUGAUCUAAUAAAUGCCCGAAGUGUCUUCAAUUUCGGGGGUUGUAGAGGGGGGGAGGCGUUCAAUAGGUAUCAGGCGUUUAUUUCACUUAAACUGUAACAAUGUCAACAAAACAAAUAAGCUAGACUCAUAGUUUGCUCACGGAGUAAGAUGGAAAACAAAGUUUGUGAGUAAAAGACUUAUGUAAUCUGCCCUACUGCAAAGGCUAAAGAUGUUCAUAGUUCAAUACCGAUGUCUUCAUUGUCAUCGGGGUCAACCAUGUUGGCAUCGUUGGCCUCUUCGGUGUACGAGUCAGUUAUGUCCUGGAAAGGGUUUGGGAGGUUGGGCUCAUACAAUACGGAGAGUUGUGCUUGUAGCUGCUAUCUGUACUUUAACCUUGUUGAAGAUGCAAUUCGCAAGCCAUUGCUAACCAAGCAAGCAAGAAAAAAAAAAUAAUUUUGUGAUUUUAAUCUAUGGAAGUUUUCCUUGGUUUUUAAGGCGAUUCUUUGGGGGAGGGCGGCGUCUAUCAGACACAGGGUGUUUAUUAGAGGGGAGUGUCUAAUAUAAAUUUCACACCUGGGGGGGGGGGGGGGGGCGUUUAUUAGAUACAAGGCGUUUAUUUGAGAGUGGGCGUUUAUCAGAUCAUUCAUGGUAACCAUUUUCAUCAAUUUUUGGAAGUCCGAUUAUUCUUCACCAAAAAAUGAUCCCUUCCUAGUUGCACUUGUUGGCUGGUGCACUAGAUUGGUUCGUCAAAAUACCUCCCCCCCCCAAAAAAAACCCUGUUCACAAGUGCUUAUGUAGGAUGGCAUAGCAGUUCAUCUGAAUUCCUGUAUAACAAACACAGAUGUGAAGACAUGAUUGAUCAUCAAAGUAAUAUACACAACUCAAGUAGUAGUGAAUUAAGCCUGAAAAAAAUUCGCGCUUCAACAAGAAAACUAAUUUUUUUCCAUCCUCAACAGUGGACACCCAUCCGUUAUAUUACAAUAAACAUUUCAAAAAUACUUUAGGUGUUCGUGCUUUUAUAAGCUUCACAGUAACAACAAUUAAUAAUUAUUAUUAAUUUCAAUAAUGUUGCAUUUCCCAAGUUUUAAUUUCCCAUUCCCAACUCCCAGUUUCCUGUUCAUUUCCCAUUCCUCAUAGCCUUUCUUCAUUCCGUAUUCCUCAUUAAAGUAACAUCCCAUCACAGUCCUUUUUUAAUGUGACUUGAUACCAAGCAUUUUAAAGCAGCUUUUUAAUAGUUUUCUCUUAACAUACAUUUCGUAUGUUUGAUCGUUUAAUUUGAAUCAAUGUCAAUGAAAUCUUCGGAUCAAAAUAUGUACAUUAUCAAGUAUGAGAAGUCACAGAACCAUCCAAAACAAUCUAUUGAGCCGCACUCAAGAAUUUUUUAAAAAGUACCCAAAAAUUGUAGUGGAAGUGAUGAUUGUAAGAAAAAGUUUCGUUUUCGUGAUCACGAAAAAGAAAACCAACCAAACUUUCAUGGGUCCAAAAGAUAUUUUCAAGACAGUUUAUGGUGUUAUUAACGAGUGAUAAUGUAGCUCGAGGGACUUAGGGCAGUUAGUUGGGAAAAAGAAGAAUCACUGAAUCGUAAACUUUUUUGUGGUAAUUCCGCUGGCCAGUGUAUUUUGCGGAAGGGAGGGACCAUUGUAAACAAAAUGGCUGCCAAAGCGAUAGACUGAUCUUUCGCAUUUGUAGGCGAACUAGUGCUUCCAAAUAAAACAAAUGUGGGUGUGCAAUUCGAUCUGUCUUUCAAUGGAAGCGUUACCAAAAGUCAUGUUCCAGGGUGUCACGCUCAAUUUUUUCUUUUUCUUUGCAUAAAUUUAUUGAAAUCUCCAUAUUGUUUUAAUUUUCCAAUAAUCGCAAACCUUUUGUUAGUAGCUCGAGAAAAAAAAAAGGUUUCCAAACAGGAUUUGAACCCGGGACCUUGGAAUCCGCCACCUUUAGACUAGCCAGCUGAAGCUUACCGCUUCGCCCAACCCAGAUUCUCUCUCUCCUUUGCCUCUCUUUAAAAUUUAUUGUGGUCAGUGUCUCAAUGAAAAUGCGUACUCGGAAGAGACGAUCCCUUACAUUUGCCAUAUUUCAUUGUCUCGCAGAGGUGGAUGAUGUGUACUGUGUUCACCGCUCACGCUUGAAAGACGAAGAACAAAGACUCGUUGGAUCGCAUUUCUUCUUUCAGAAUUAUCGAUGAAAGAGGAAAGCUUGAAGAAGGUGUAGGGUCGGGUGUAACAAGAGAUGUCAUUGCCACGUUCUGGCAACAGUUGUUUGCAGCUACAAUGGUCGGCGACAGAGAAAAGGUUCCAUGUAUUCGUCACGACUUUCAAAAAAGCGAAUGGACAGCGAUAGGAAGAGUGUUAGUCUUCGGCUUCAAGGAAAUCAAUUACUUCCCCAUUAGUCUUUCUAAGGCGUUUCUUGCUUCCUGCCUGUUUGGUAAAGAGAGCAUUGAUGAUGAAUUCCUCUUAUCCUCCUUUCGAUUCUACGUCACUAGCGAGGAACGUGAAACCUUUGAUAAAAUUAGAAAAGGCGAUUGUGAGAGUGAUGAUGACGAUGUUCUCGAGUUCCUGGGACACUACAAAACCUUUGCUAUGCCCACCAAAGGAAACAUUAACAGUAUACUGUCACAAUUAAAGCAUCAGGAAUUGAUACAGAGGCCAAGAUACGUAGCUCAAUGUUGGGUUCCAGUGUUGGCAGAACUCAAACAGUACCCAGAGUUCAGCAGCCCAACUGGCCUGGACGACUUUUUUUCGGCCAAGAUGCCGUCAGAAAAGAAGACUGCUAGAAUGCUACAAAGUCAACCAGUAAAUGAAGCCGAGAGUCAGUGCCUAGACUACCUUAAAAAGUUCAUUAGAUCUCUGGACGCUCCCGCUCUGGGCACUUUGCUGAAAUUCACUACGGGAAGCAAUAUACAGCCUGAACGCCUGGAAGUUUCAUUUACCUCAAUGGAUUGCCCACACUUGUGGCCCGUUGUUAGAGUUACCAAGAACUUACCAGAGCUACAGUGA